AUGAAAACUUCACAGAGUAAGCAGAAGAUCUAUCAUGAUAAGAGAAGAAAGGAUCUUGAAUUUGAGGAAGGAUAUCAUGUAUUUUUUAGAGUCACUCCAGUGAUCGGUGUUGGACGUGCGUUGAACUCAAGGAAGCUUACUCCUCGAUUUAUUGGACCGUAUCAGAUUUUAGAGAAGAAAUACAUUUCAGAUCCAUCUCAUGUGAUUUUGAUAGAUGAUGUACAAGUGCGGGAUAAACUUACGGUCGAGAAGUUAUCGGUGAGGAUCGAAGACCGUGAAAUGAAGAAUUUGAGAGGCAAGGAUAUUUCUCUUGUGAAGAUUUGUGGUUGUAUCGAUGUAAUUGAUGUUAUGGAAUGCAUCGAAACAUUGGGUAAAAUGUGUAUUGAUGAUUGGUAA